UUAUUUUUUAUCAUUCUCUUAUGUCUUUUGUGCAAACAAAUUAUAGAGUUUGCUAGAAGGAGGAGUUUGGCGGAGUUUAAACUUCCAGAGCUAAAUUUAGAGCUUCUCUCUGCAACACAAUUCAAUUUCAUCUCCCAUUCGAUUCUCAAUUUCUCGAAUUCUCUCAUAAAACGAAGAGACCAUGAAAUCUGGCAGAGAGAGCGAUCGCAGCUUCAGUUCGCAUAUGCAGACCCUACAUCGCCGUCUUCUCCACGCCUUAAACCUCGGCACCAGACAUUUUGACGAGAAGACAAAUAAAUGGAAGUGGCAGUGCGCCAACAUUGAAGUGCAGAAAAAUGUGCUACGAUCGAUUAGUGCGAUUCUUGAUUCCUCAUCGGGAGAUGCACGUGCAGCACGUCAUGCUAUUGUUAAGGAAUCUGUUGCCGAUAUUUUGGGAGCAUUAUUAUGGAUUCUUCAAUGCAAAAGUGAAGCCUUGUUAACCAUGGCAUCAAAUGUGGCAGUGAAGUUAGUUAGUGUUUUACCUAAUACACUAUUGCAACCACAUAUAUUGGAUCUUGUUUAUUGUUUGUCAUCCUUGCUAUCUUCGCAUCAAGUAGAAGUUGCAAUACCCUGUGCUACUGCUUUGAAUUUGGUAAUCUCAAAUUUGAGUGCUACAAGUGAGAAGGAAGUUAUGGAAGCAUUGAAAGAAACAGAGACUUCCAUUCGUAUUGUUGGAAAUAUAAAAGAUUUUGCUGAAGGUGCAAAGAAAAUUGAAUAUUUUGAAGAUAUGACUUUGCUUUUGAGCACAAUAUUGUGGCGCUGGCCUCCAUCUAGAUUCCCUGUUUUUAAUGAUGUUAUACUUAUGAAAGGUUUAGCAAAUAUGCAUACAAGGACGGAUGGUUCUAUUAAACUUGUACUUUUAAAGUUGUACACGUCUUUAGCUUUAUGUGAUUCUGUAGCAAGAAAACUUAUAGAGGAUGGAGAAAUAUUUCCACAAAUGUUUGUGCAGGCGAUGGGAAAAUCAAACCCUCAUGUUGUUCAGAUAGAGGGGUUUAGGCUUGCUCAAUGUCUAUUGAGAUCCCAAGAAAAUUGUUUAAAAGUGGUUGGUUUGUGUGGUGAAGCUCUUGUUGAUGCCAUAAUUCGUGGGAUGAGAGAAACUGGGUUGAGUUCUAAAAAAAUUGGGAACAACCAUGGGUUUUUGUCAGUGGAAGCAUGCCAGUUGGCUCUAAUAACUCGUUGGGCAGGUGAUCAUCAUAUUAAUUUUUGGAAAAAAGGAAUUGACAAAGUCCUCCUUAAUCUUCUGAUUGGAAAUAUUCAAGACCAAUUGUCUGAACCUGUCUUGUCAAUGGAAAAACAAAUAACCAUGGCGAAAGAGGGAUUAAAAGCCAAUUAUAAUUUUGGUCUUAGGAGUUAUGUGUGGGACAUUCUUGGGUGGCUUACAAUUCACUGUGGAGAAAAUUUAAACCCUUACACCCAUGGAAAUGAGCUCUGCAUCAACUUACUAAUUACAUGUGCAUGCUUGAGUUUUGUGGAUACACUUGAAAAAUGGUGCCGAAUAUGUCAAAAGGAUAUUGAUAAUCAUUUUCAAAGUGAACCAGUAUCGAGGGCUGUUCUAAUGAUGAUUCAUUCUCCAUGUAAUACCAUCUCCUCACAUACUAGAUUCUUAUUGUCAGAUUUACUGAAGGUGAAGGGCGUGCCAUGCUUUAAAAGCUUAAUACAUACUCUAGAUUAUACAUCAUCUUUGGAAAGCUAUGGAUCAUUUGAUAAACUUCAACUGGUUAUUAAUUUAAUUGGGUUGCUUUGUCUUUCAAGUUUACCACAAUAUCAAAGAUGUCUUGUUGAGAGCAAAGGGAUAAAGGCAAUUGUUCUUCUUGUGAAACGAUGCUUAUGUAAUGACAUUCAUGUAGAAAGGCAUACAGCAGGCCUUGAAAGGUCUUGUUGCUGUUUUGGUGAAGAAGAUUGGGAAGGUUCCAAUGUUCUCUUAUUUUAUAGUUUGUUGGGCUUAACUGAAAUCCUUCAUCAGUGUGACCUUCUACGAGAUGAUCCUCAGCAAUUUUCUAGAGAGGUGACAAACAUUAGAGCUCAGUUAGUUAGCAAACUUAAUGAGAUCUGUAGCAACAACUCUUUCAGUCCUGGGGUGAGAUGGUAUGUAUCUUAUAUUCUAACUUAUUUUGGAUGCUACGGGUUCCCAAACAAAUUAGCCAAAAGGAUUGGGAAAUCACUCAAUAAGGAAGAAUACUCUGAUAUGAAGCUUGUUGUAGCAAAUGGGGAUUGUAUGAGUGUUCAUAUUGUUAUUCUUGCUGUUCGCUGUCCAUCACUGCUGCCUCCUCAAUUGUUACCUAGUAGGAAGAGUACUGAAGCGGUAACAGAUAAGUUUGUUGGAGAGACCAUGAGAGAAGUUCGAUUAUCUUCUCAUGUUGAUUAUGAAGCAUUGGUGUUGUUAUUGGAAUAUGUGUACUUGGGAUGCUUACAUGCAGCAGAAGAAACAGUAAAGAAGCUGAAAAUCCUUGCUAAGCGCUGCAAUCUACAGCCUCUCUUGCAAAUGCUUAAUAGACAACAUCCAAAGUGGGGCACACCUUUCCCCAGCUAUAAUCUUACUUCAGCUCUUGGUUCAGCUGGAAGUUGUUUUUCGGAUGUCAUGUUGGUAGCUAAAUCAACUGAACUUGUUGGGUGGACAUGCAAUAUUUGUUCUGACAAAGUACCCCAUAUGCAUGUUCAUAAAGUCAUAUUGCAGGCUGGUUGUGAUUAUUUACAAGGUUUGUUCCGGUCAGGAAUGCAAGAAAGUCAUUCACAAGUCAUAAAAGUUGAUAUUAGCUGGGAAGCAUUGGUUAAAUUAGUGCAGUGGUUUUAUUCUGAUGAGCUGCCUAAUCCUCCCUCUGGAUGUGUGUGGGAUAAUAUGGAUGAUGAAGAAAAGCUAUUUAAUCUACAACCAUAUGUGGAGCUUUGUUGGCUUGCUGAGUUCUGGAUUUUGGAAGAUAUUCAGGAAGCCUGCUGGAAUGUGAUAAUGUCUUGUCUUGAUUCUUCCAGGCAACUGUCCAUUAAAAUAAUCAACAUGGCUUAUAAUCUCUCUUUGUGGAAGUUGGUUGACAUUGCCGCAAAUCUCAUUGCUCCUUCAUAUCGUCAAUUACGAGAUUCGGGUGAACUUGAAGAAUUUGAUGAUGCACUAGUGCAGUUAAUUUAUUCUGCUUCUAUUCAACUUAACCAAGAAAGCAACAAUUGCUUUAGGUGAUUUAAUAUUCUUCAAGAUGAUUCAUAGUGCAGGAGAUUUAGGUGGCAUAUACUAAAAUAUUUUAGGAGCUAAAACCUGCCACAUUAGGCAACUGAAGGACCUGAGGUGAGGUGAGGCGCGCUCCUUCAAAGCUUGUUGUGGUGGAGUUGAAGAUAUAAUGUCAUUUUGAUUUCUGUCCAUCAACCUUCGGUUAAAAGCUCAUUCUACAAAUCAUUUUAAGUAAUUCAAGAAUUCUGUUUUACUCCAUCAAAUUUGUUUGUAGGGACCGUGAAUGAAGGUGGAUAUUUCUCUUUCAACAUAGUGUAUUUCAAUCCCAAGGUAAAAUGAUCGAGGAACAUGGAACAGCAAUCGGGAUAAUUUCAUGCGCCUAACAUGCUCAUGGUGCGCCCAAGUCCCAACCCAUCUAAUUUGAAGCUAAAAAGGUUUGCUCACGUGCUCAACUCAUGGCAUUAUGCGACCAACCUACUAAACAGGGAACCCAAGGCCAAAAUGUAAUUAUGAUGCGUCAGACCCAUAAGAUUGAUGCAUCUAGCAAAAGCUUGAAUGAUAACUAGGAGAGCUACUUUUUGGGGGCAACCAACAGUCCAACACCCCAUAUCUAUCGCCCACCUACUUUGUAUUAAGCUCUAAGUUACAAGUUUUGCAUCCUAGCACCUAAAGGGGUUUAUCCACUAUUCCAAAAGCUUAAGAGGCUUUUGGAAAUUGUUAAAGAUCUCAUUUGAUUUUAUGUGCAUAGGGAAACUUGGAAAUAUUGUAUAGCUAUAUUUAGGGAUUUUAUUCAUUGUAUUUUUAUUUUAUGCUCUUCACUAAUAAUAAAUAAAUUAACAUGUGUGGGAUGAAA